AGCCUGUAGAGAUGAACUACUUCACAAAGCCCAGGCUUGAAGUCCAGUAUUUUAGAAAGAACUAUUUCCAGGCAACCAGCCUCCUACCAUGUCUGACCCCAUUACAUUGAAUGUUGGGGGAAAGCUCUACACAACCUCACUGGCAACCCUGACUAGCUUCCCUGACUCUAUGUUGGGUGCCAUGUUCAGUGGGAAGAUGCCCACCAAGAGGGACAGCCAGGGUAACUGCUUCAUCGACCGUGACGGCAAAGUGUUCCGAUACAUCCUCAACUUCCUGCGAACCUCCCACCUGGAUCUGCCGGAGGACUUCCAGGAGAUGGGCCUGCUGCGCAGGGAAGCUGACUUCUACCAGGUACAGCCCCUGAUUGAGGCCUUGCAGGAAAAGGAGGUGGAGCUCUCCAAGGCGGAGAAGAACGCCAUGCUCAACAUCACACUGAAGCAGCGCGUGCAGACAGUCCACUUCACUGUGCGGGAGGCACCGCAGAUCUACAGCCUGUCAUCUUCCAGCAUGGAGGUGUUCAACGCCAACAUCUUCAGCACGUCCUGCCUCUUCCUCAAACGCCUUGGCUCUAAGCUCUUCUACUGCGCCAACGGCAAUCUCUCCUCCAUCACCAGCCACUUACAGGACCCCAACCACCUGACACUUGACUGGGUGGCCAAUGUGGAAGGCCUUCCGGAGGAAGAGUACACCAAGCAGAACCUCAAACGGCUGUGGGUGGUGCCUGCCAACAAACAGAUCAACAGCUUCCAGGUCUUUGUGGAGGAGGUGCUGAAGAUCGCUCUGAGUGAUGGAUUCUGCAUCGACUCUUCCCAUCCACAUGCCCUGGACUUCAUGAACAAUAAGAUCAUCCGGUUAAUACGGUACAGGUAAAAAGACCCCAGUCACACUGGGGAAGGAGUUCCCAAGAAGCUCGUGUCAGCCAAGGCUUUGAGGAGAGUGUCUCGCCUGUGGCACAAGGCAGGGAACCGUACUAAUCUGCAUUGAUUACAUAGCUGGACCCGAUUCCCAAUGAUAAAGUCCACCUUCUGGAAUCUGCAUGUCCUCCGAGCAGAACCACCUUUUCUUGCCUUUUUGAGCUGGUGAUGGGUAGUUUAUGAUGACAAGUUAAAAGUCAGCUAAAACACACAAGAAGAGCCACAGGAGGACUCUCUGGCUGGGACAAAGGAGCAGCAGUUUUCACCUGGGCCAUCAUCAUACCAGUAGUCUGUGCCAUCUCCAGAGAGAGCCCUGGCUGCUGAGGACUGGGGUGGGAACAAGAGGCUCCUUUUAGUUUCCUAGGACAUUACAUGCACAGCAAAUCCCAUCACACCUGCUCUUUGUUCUGGAGGAUGUAACCCGGUACCAAGACUCCUUUGCACAAAGGCAACCAUGUUUGGGUGUUUUAGAAUGCGAUGUUCCCAGAACCCAUUGUGGCUCCACUCAGGGAGUAAGUUGAGCUGUGGCAUGGCCUAGAGGAGUGAGUGUCCAGGCUUUGGCAGGCGCUGAUGCCCCUCCUGAAGACGAUGAAUUGAAGGAUUCUUGGCUUCAGAUACUGUUUUCCCUGCAACGAUUUGAUAGUAUUGAAGCCAAGAAGAUGAAGGACACUUUAUGAAAGUCAGCUGUUGCCUGACUUUCAUAAUCCUUUUCCCCAUGAAUUGGAAGCAUCUCUGGAACCAGUCAGUCUAUUAUGAACUCUCAGGGUUGGAAAGUAAUCUACUAGUUUCUUAGUUCUUCCCCUUCCUCUAGGACACCCAGUACAUUUUGGGGUGAGUGACUCUCCCUGAGUACCUCCAAGGGAAACUUACGUCAGUUCACGUGCCCUGUGGUGACAGAAUGCUCACCAUCCCCAAGGCAGCUUCUGCCAUGGUUGAGCAGUGCUGCUAUUGGAAAGUUCAUUUACACACAAAAGUGUGUCCCUGCUCUGACUGGACACUUUGAAGAUAUCAUUACUCAAAACUGAUUCCCCUUUGCAAUUUGUUUUUGGCAGAAUUAGCUCCUUUCCAUCUUUAUAAGUCAACAUAUAAGUCAGCGCUCUUUUAUAUGUCUCUGCCUCGUUCCUGGCUCCCAGUUCAUCACCCUUCCCCACUAGCCAUGGCUCGGCAUGCUCCUAAUUAUUUCUGACUAGAAGAUCACUGGCUGAGGAGAAGUGGGGUUUUGGAAACAGUGUUCAGCAAGCAGUACAGGACUGCCCUGUGCCAUCACAGCGCUCUGAGGAAGUGUCCAGCCCCCGACACCUCUGUUAGAAGAGCAGCCUUCCCCAUCCAGUCCUAACUGCCCAGGGGCCUUUCUGGAGACAUUAAGGAUAAGAAACUGCAGACCACUAAUCCCCAGAAGGCGAGGAGCCUGUGGACCUCUAAACUGUACACUGUGAUUCAUCUCCGGAGUGACUGGAGCUAUGAGAAUCCCAGAAUCUUUCUCACUUGGAGACGAGCUCCAGACACAGCUAGGGAAGCCUGGAACGGGUGUCCACGGGCAGACAGAGCAAAAUUUCCAUAGUUGCGCCAUGUGAGUGGGUGUUUUCAUCAUUCUGGAAAAGCCUGGUCCUGGUACAAUAAAGGCCUUUUUCUCCCUACAGGGAGACUCAGGAGUCUCAGUGUGGCUCUCUUGAGCCUCUGCACGUGGGUACUCUGGAAAGUUCUUCAGAGAACCCAUUCAGGACAAACAGAAGCUGUGAUCAUGUUCCAGCAAGUCAAGGAAGAAACCUCAGAAAUCAACACUGCCCCCCUUUUUUUCUCCCCAUAAAACUUUGCUUUGUCCAUCUUUUUGGUGCUUCCUAAUUCAAUAGCUUGACCUUAGAGCAAGUACAAAGCCUGUCAAGCCACUAACAUACUAUGUGACUAUGCAAGUCACUCACCUCACUGAGCCACCUCCAUUUGUUCAUCUGUGAAAUGGGCAUAGUAAUACAUAACCCUACCUACCUCACAGGACUGUUGUGAGGAUCAAACAAAAUUAUGUGAGAAUAAAUGAUAA